AUGUGUCCCCUUAUUGGCCUCGGGUCACUGGUCCUUAUCGUUUCCAUCAUUAUGGUUGUCAAGGCACUGACUCGCCGCCACCUCACCUUCACCCGCUCCGAGUUCACGAUGACUUCGUCCUUCCUUGGCCGCAAGUGCUGCUGCCGCAAGUCUUCUGUGAACGGCAAGGCGUCCGACAUCUCCAAUGUCAAGAUCGUGGUGUCUGGGGGCCAGUUUGCGGGAUUCAUGACAGCUUGCGAGGUCUCGGAGGGCGUGCGCACGCACCGCUUUGGCAUGAACCUGAGCGUGAGCGAGAAGCAGUACCUGGUGCAGGAGAUUGGCGAUUUCCUUGCCUGCCCCUACUCCACCCAGGUCCAGCUGGCAUAA